AUGUCUUCGUCACCAGAUCGGGAGUACCGCGCGGGGAAGCGGCCCAGAACCCAGUCUCUCCCGCCCCCCGAGCUGCCCCAGCUGGUGGCCGAACAGCAUGCGCCCAUCCCACCAACUGACAAGGACUCGAGGCGCCUGAUCGUCGUCCUAUCCAAUGCCAGCUUGGAGACGUACAAGGCUUCGCACGGCGGUGUCAGUCGCAUGGGGGUGCAGAGGGAGGAGAAGUACUCGCUCCUCAAUAGCGACGAGCACAUCGGUGUCAUGCGCAAGAUGAACAGGGACAUUAGCGAUGCCCGCCCUGACAUUACACACCAGUGCCUCCUCACCCUCCUUGACUCGCCAAUCAACAAAGCCGGAAAGCUUCAGAUCUACAUCCAGACGGCCAAGGGCGUGCUGAUCGAGGUGUCGCCCUCGGUCCGCAUCCCGCGGACGUUCAAGCGAUUCGCCGGUCUGAUGGUCCAGCUCCUCCACCGUCUCUCGAUCAAAGGCACCAACUCGCAAGAGAAGCUCCUCAAAGUGAUCCAGAACCCAAUCACAGACCACCUGCCGCCCAACUGCCGCAAGGUCACACUCAGCUUCGAUGCACCCAUGGUGCGGGUCCGCGAUUACAUCGACAACCUCCAGCCCAAGGAGAGCAUUUGCGUGUUUGUGGGGGCCAUGGCUAAAGGCGCCGACAACUUUGCGGACGCCUACGUCGAUGAGAAAAUCUCCAUCAGCAACUUCAGCCUUUCGGCGAGUGUUGCGUGCAGCAAGUUCUGCCACGCUGCUGAGGAUAGCUGGGAUAUUCUCUAG